CUGCCGAACCGUUGACCGUGGCGGUGUGUGUGUUGUGUUGGUGGCUAGAUGCUACGAGGAAGGCUCGACAGUCAGUAUGGCGGAGGAGGGCAGUGCGUGCGACUUAGAGGCGCUUGACAAACAACUACAGAGUUUGUCGAACCGCUACACGGGCGACGAGCUGCGAGCCGAUGGCGAGCCGUUCUGCUCGGACUUCUGCAAGCUGGUGGAGGAGUACGCCUCUCGCUGGCAGGUGCCGCUGCCUCAGCUCAGGAUCCUCGAGACGGCGCUCCGCUACUUCGCCCAAGCCUCCACCUUCUUUGCAUCAAACUGUGAUCAUGUGCUGCACACACUCAGUAGUCUGGCCUUGAGUGUUUUUGAGUUGCUGCUGUUCUUUGACCAGAAGGACUUGCAUCAGGAGCCGCUGAAACACUUCACUGUUACAUUCCAGGAAUGUCAUUUGGCCCUCGCGAGGCAUCAGAAUGUUCAUUUACUUCAGGUUGAGCGGUUGGUUCGGGGUGGCGGGCCUUGGGCCUGCCCAGCCUUACAGGCAAUCCUCAGUGAGUCCAGUUUACCUCAGAGUGAAGUGGAUGGGUGCAUCACCUCUGAGCUGCCGGUGUUCUUUGAGCUUCGGGUGCGCUACCUCUUAUCCUGUGAACGGGUCAGUGAGGCUAUGGCCCUGGCUAAGUGUUGUGCUUGGCAUCCCACAGCAGGGCAGCACUUGUUCUUCCUCCAGGUCUACCUCACGUGGCUUUUCAAAACUUCACAGCAUGACAGGCUACACGAAGAGGUGGCUGACUUUAGUGGUAAAGAUGCAAUUCACAUCAUUUGUAGUUUGGAGUGUGAGGAAAAGGAUGAGUUGCUCCUAGCCCUCAGCAGAGCCUUCCUCUCCCAGCAGCUUUGCAAGGGAGACAUGUAUUAUUUGUGUGAUCUUGUCUUCGUAUGGAGUAAACUUUAUUGUCGGUUGAAAACAUCUAAGAAAGCUCUGCUUGAGGAGAUUCAUCAGCUGAUGCUGUCUUCCACCAAUGUCAACUCCAUAUUUCCAUUCAUCAGAGCUGUACUGCAAGAACUGGGUGAAGAUGGUAUCCAAUUCUGCGUGGAGCUUUGUGCUAAUGCCCUGGAGUCUUGCCUUUCCUGUGAUGUCAUCACCAAGUCCCUAAUCUACAAAACCAUUGCAGUCCUGCUACCCAAUGACCUGGAAGUUUGCCGGGCAUGUGCCCUUCUUGUCUUCUUCCUAGAACGCACUGUUGAGGCCUACAAGAUUGUGUAUCUUCUUUACAUGCAUCCUGAUCAGGAAUAUCAUGUGGAGUACAGCCCCAUCCCAAAUCACAUUCGCUUCGAAACCCUGCAGGUCUUAAAGAAGGACCUGUAUUUUGACCCAGAGUUUUGGAACCUCAUUGCUCUGCGGACCAACUGUUUGAAGCUGAUGAGCGAGAAGGGGGUUAGUGCUGCCCUCGAGGAAAUCAUGGAGGACAAAUGGAUCCUCAACUACUGCACCAAAGAGCCUGCUUUCCGAUCAAGCACAUCAGUACAUCAAGGAGGAAGUCAAGGAGCACUUCAGACAGCAGCCACGAAGCGGCACCAUAAAGAGGAUACUGACACUGCAUCCAAAAGAUUAAGGAUGGGUCCAGGCAAAACACGGCUAAAUGACCACGCUGUGAAGAAGAAAGGCAAAUACGGGUCAUCUGAACCUUUGAGACGUUCAUUUUGGCAGCUAGACAGAGUAAAGGACAAAGUAGCUGUUGGGUAUGGAGAACUUAGGCGCACUACACGACUCUCAGAGAAGAACCCACCAAAACGGAGGAUUAGGACACCCAAGUGGCUUCUGGAAGACUCAGGAACUCUUGGAGAGAAUAAUGUUUCUCCGAAGAUCAAAAAGCAUGGACUGAAACAUCAAAAGCACCAUCGACCAUCUGUCGAAAAGAGGUCUGAAACUGGUCAUAUCAAGAACAAUGCAAAACAAUCUUCAGUAAACUCUCAUUUACUGGCAAGUGAAAACGACAGCAAACACCAGAAAGGAUUUUCUUUGGACUGUGUUCAACCGUCUAACCCUCCACAAGUAAUUCUUGAGCUCUCCCUACCAGACAAUGAACUGCUGGGUACGUUUAUCGAGGACACUUGCAACAGACAGAGAGGGUUCCCACAAGUCCUUCUGUACAAACCCACAGUGAAGUUUCCUGCCACAUCAUCACCUGCAAAGACUGUACACCGCAAAGAGGUGAUUCUUAGAGCACGGGAUGCAGCAAUGUUUGCACAACAGUUGCAUUGUUAUGCUCGCCGGCAGAAAGGAAAAGGCAAUGUGUCGAAUAUUCAAGGCUCAGUAUCAACAAUCACACGAUCCUCUGUGCAAGGAAGUCCUCCAAAAGAUCCACAGAUUGAGUUGUGUGAAAAGCCUGCUGCUGAGAUGGAAGGUGGAAUUACCUCUCAAACACCACCAUCAGCUGAAGUUACAGAAUUCCCAGUUUCAGAAAAAGUCCUUAAAGCUCCGUCUGCAAAAGCAGUCUCACGUAAGACCUCUUCAGCCAGAGAGCUCUCUGAAAAGUCUGCUGUUAAGAUGAAAGUCACUGCUUCACAAGCAACAGCAUCACCGGUUUUAGAUAAGGUCUUGCAAGCUCAAACAAGACAGCUCUGUGAAGAGUCUGCUGUUGAGAUGAAAGUCACGAUUGCCUCACAAACCCCAACAGUGGGUAAAGUGUCUCAGUCUUCAGGUCUAGAUAAGGUCUCUAAAGCGCAAACUGUUAAAGACUCGUCAAAAACCACAAGUUCAGUUGAUGCUUCGCAGACCUCAGAUAACAAUCACAUGGUAGUUACUAAGGAAGUCUCCAAUACACCCAACUUUUCAAACACGGAAGCUACUGGUCCCAUGCCCUCACAAUCUCAAGAUGUUCUUAGAGAUGUGAAACAAACUGAACUGAACUCACUCUCCUCUCAGGCUGAAGCAGUUGCUCCAGAGGUGCUCACCAAUGUCAGCAACAGCAUUUCCAGAUUACAACAGGUGGAAGUCCCAGGAGGUACAACAGUCACUACUUGUACACCUACAGAUCAGGACAGUAUAAAUGACAUAUCUGCUUUGACAUUAGUAACUGAAAUGGUUACUGAACUUGCACCUGGAACAUUUGCUCACAGACAGCCAGAGAACAGUGCCUCCAAGGACUCCAGAGCUGGAAGUAAACCUAAAGUUCCUCACAAAUUACAUACUACCUCCAGCUGCUCUGUACCAGGACUGGGGGUCUCUGCAGAUGCUGAUGUGCAAAUGGAGGAUGAGGAAACUUGGGAUAUUGUUCCAGAAACAUCUGAGAACAGUGAACCUGUGGAAUCGGAGGAAUCAAAGUUGGAAUUCUGUUGUACCUUCUGCAACAAGGUGUUUAAGGGAAGUCGUGUUGUAGCACAUGCCAUGUUCCAUUAUCGUAAAGACGAGUGCAUGUUCUGUGGGACAAUGUUCAAAGAUGACCUCCUGGCCAUGAUGCACCUGUCUGAUCAUAUUGAGAAGCUAAAGAAGAUCAGCAAAGAGUCUGCUGGCAACAGUGCCCAAGAAUACAUGGUCUCUGAGACCAAAGAUACCUCCACACAUAAGCCCCCUGCCAAAGCUAAAGCAACAAACAUGUCUCCUGAGUACCGCAGCAGUGGAAGAUCAAGAAAAACAUCUGUCUGCCUUCAAGCUUCAUCUCCACUUGGAUCCAGAAAGUUAAGAUCCAAUGACAAACCAGUGAAUGGUCCAUCUUUACAAGAAAAGAAACAAAACGCAUCAAAGCACCUUAAUAGUAAAACUCCUAACAUGGUUAACGGGCAUAUUGGCAAAAAGAAAGAGCUUAACAGACCGAAAAGCUCAGAAUCUAAGCAGCCAUGUAGACUGUCUCCAAGUGAUGGAGCUGAACAUCCCAGGUUGCAAGAAAACCAAAAUAUAGGAAUGGAUUCUGCAACAUCAGUUCAGGCAGAUAAAAAGUUCAGCUGUUCGACUGAUUAUAAAAUUAAGAAGACAGAAUCUCUGCAGGUCCAGAAGAAAGCCACAAAACAAGAUGGGAAAGUUACUGAACAGAAAAAUGUGGAGCUACAAGAGAAGGUUUGCUGUCCUGUGAAUGGUUGUGCUUGGUCUACAGAUCUGUCCAAAAAUCGUGUCGCACUCCUAUACCAUGCUCUCGAAGAUCACUAUGGUGAGAUCAAACCUUUGCAACUGGCGUUCCGUAUCGGAAACCGCAAGUGUUGUAUUUGCAUGAGGGUUCUGCGGAGUUUUGAACAUUUUCAACACCAUGUUGAAAGACACAGACUCACUCCUCGGCAUCCAUGCCUUCAUCAGGGUUGUACUGCCAGGUUUAAAAGCGGAAUAGAAAUGAGACGCCACACCAGGAAGCACAAUCCGCUGCAGGCAGCGUGCUGCCUUCCUGGUUGUUCUCAACUAUUUAUUUGUCUAUGGGCACUGAACCUUCAUGAAAGAGAUCACUAUUCUUCCAAAACCCCCAAACCAGCCAAGAACACAAAUGAGUCAACGGGUGACAAACAUAACACGCCAGCUGGAAAGAAACAACCAGAUCAUAACACAAAAUAUGAAACUGCAACUACUGCUGUAAAUAAGACUGAGAGUGUAAAGGCUACUCGUAAAUCGAAAGGACAAACGACACUUAACUCAUCAAUAGGAAAACAUGUUAAGGCUCCUUCUUCCACCACAGUCAGAGCAUCUCUAUUGAAGCAGAAGUUGAAAGAGAGCAAAGAGACCAAGAAUUUGCAUGUCUUGAAGAAUCUUUCUAACAAAGACACAUCCACAGAGCCCGCCACUCCUAAUCUGAGACUAAGGCAUACAUUAAGAAAAGUAACAAAUGCAAGAUCGCUCAAGAGUCACAGAGUCAUCUCAUCAUCAUUAAGACACAAUGCAAAAAUGAGCCAUAAGUUCAAGAAAAAGCAGGUCCAAGUAAACGCUAAAGGUCCUAAAAGAAGAGGUCGUCCUCCUAAGUCAAAGAAAGCUGUACACGAUGAAAACACUACUACUGGUCAAAACAAUGAAACUGUCAAAGAAAAAACAGACCAGAGGAACCCCACUAAGCUUGCAGAGACGUCAAAUGUAAACAAUGAGUUAAAACAAUUAGACAAGAGUCAGCACGUCCAAGACGUAGUCAAAACCACAGAAGCAUCUGUCGAUGAAUCAAAGUCCAAGAAAUCAAUAAACAAGCAGAUUAAGAAGGGUCAUGUUAAACAAAAUGCCUCUACACCUAUUGUGACACACAGCAGUUUAAAUCAAUCAGUCACCACUGACAAAACACAGAAAGUGCAUGAAGCGAGAAAACGAGCCGCUUCUUCAGACUCCAGCAAGUCAAAGAAGCACAAGGUUGCAAAUGGCAAAGUCAACACAGAGCUGAAGAAAAAAUGUCCUGAGUCUGCUUUGAAAAAUCCUGCCCAGUCAGAUUCUGUGCCUACUGUCCCAGCUAACAGUUUAAAUGAGAUAAAUGCAUCACCCACCACCUCAGGAACAAAAACACACACGGUAGCAACAGCAGAAAAGUCUCACGUUACGACAAAAGAAGGAAAGAAAGACUCAAGCAAGGCAAAUAAACACAAAGAUAAAACAGGGGACAGAAAAACGGUCAAGGAAAAACAACCAUGCACAACAUCUUUGAAAAAGACAGCCAAGUCAAAAUCCGUCAAACAACAGGUUGAGGCUAAAACGACAGCAGCAGAAGGUUCUCCUGACGUGCAAGGAAAAGCAAAAGAAGAAUCGUCCAUUGCAACUCCUGACACCUCUGGUUCCUCCUUCCCUACUUCCACAGCUAGCGGCUUAAAUGAAAUGACUUCUCCACCCUCUGCCACUGAAGAGAACGUGCAGAAGGUAACAAAAAAGGAAAAAUCAAAGAAACCUCAUGUCGCAAAAAAUUCAGACCCCAACAAAGCCAAUAAGAAGCGCAAGGUUGAUAAAGAAGGUCACACAAAGACUGUCAAGAAGAAAAGCAAAGAUCCGGGUGUUUCUAAGAAGCCUGCAGAGUCAAAAACUGAAGUCCAACCACUUGCUGAGGUAGUGGAGAGCUCCGUAGUUGAGGAGGUGAAAACAUCAGUGGAAACACCGCAACCUAAAAUGAGCUCCCCUGGCUACAUUGUGAUCAUGAACGGAAAAGCGCCAACUGAAGAAGUGAAAUCUACGGUGUGCAAGGACACACUUGCAGAAUAUGGCAAGAAACCAUACUUGCGUCCGCCACCUACAGCCUACCUGGAUGAGAAGUACAUCACCAUGCCAAAACGAAGGAAGAUGUGUUCUGCAAGAAGUCCCCCUCCCGAGCAGGUGAAGGUUACAACUGCUCCGCAGAGACAACGAUGUGCCAACUGUUUUGCCACUUUCAACAGUGCCGAAGAUCUGCAGAGUCAUCUCCAAAUGCAGAAGUGCUUGAACAUCUUUGGAUUCGACUCUGACGACGAAGGCAACAGUUGAACACGUGCAAGUCCAGGCGAACAUUUUGGACGCCCCUGGAUGGAUCAUACCUCAAACGGAUCAGCACUCUGGAUGACUUUUUCAUGGCUGUCUGCAACGAGAACUGAAAAGGGGUUACCUGACUUUUGGUGUCUGUAACGCUGCCCGGCUCAAUAAAAGUCAACUGAACUGAAUCCCAGUCAGACUGCAGAACAGCCAGUACUGAAGUGCCUGCUCUGGAACCGCCGUGCUGUUUCCAGCUGCUUCACCUGGUAUGGAGAUUAAGCAUUGUGGUGGCUUAAAGACUGGACUCCUGAAAGCUGUGAAAAAAAAAAAAAAACCUGACGCAACGUGACAAGUCUGCUCCUGCUUUCACAAGGAUACAUAUUUUUCACAUCAGUAAGCCAUAUGAUGCCAUUGUUUGCUUUUUGCACUCUUCUCAUAAGAUUUCUCAGUCGAUUUUAUUUCUGCCGAGAUUGUACAAUGAACGAAAAGCUAUUUUAACAUCCUGUGUUUAGGUAUGAUUAAGACUGAGUCUGAACUUUGGAAAGCUGUAAGAUUGCUGUAUCAUCUUUGGGAAUUUUUUAUGUAUAAUUAUUGUUUAAAUACUAAUUGUAUUUCUUAUACAAAGUGCCCUAUUGGGUUGAUUAGGUCUGUGCUUGUCCUCACCACGAGUAACCAGUAGGGGUCAGUGUGCACCAAUAUUUUGACCAUGUUAACAGCUCUGUUUUGUUUUUCCUCCUGAAAAACACAAGAUAAUGUUUGCAACUAAAAGAUUUCUACCUACAAAAAAGCUGCUCCACCGUAUUUACCACUGUACAGACUUAUUUCACUUCCAGUCACAUCCAUCAAGCUCUAUUUGUUUUAGCAAUAACAACUACGAAAUGUGCCAGUAUCCCACUGAUUUGUUGCUGGAUCCUGACAGUCAGUGGAGCAGCUGACGCUUUUGUUAUGAUUUCUCGCCUAAACUUUUUUUUUUUUUUUCUUAAUCUUAACGGAACUGUCCAAGACCAUAGAGACAUUGUGAUUUCUCUUUUUAGGCUCACAGACAAACAGUCAUAAAACUACUAUAGUUUAAAGUGUUACGAGGAGACCGCAGCAGUCUCUCCACGAGCAGCAGCCGCAGGUUAUAUUUAUUUAUGUUUUAUUUUCUAUCUUUUGUAAAUAUUUGAAGAGUUUCAAUGGCUUAUUAUAUAAAGGGGUGUCUGAGCCGGGUUUAUAUUUUGUUCUUGAAGAAAAAAUUAAAAUAUUUCCAAACGGCAUCA